GUUACUCUUUCCUUUUGUGCUGUCAAAGCGACAACGAAGACGUGUGCGUUAUUAGUUUUGACCAAAUUCUGCAUUUUAAAGUGACAACAAUUAAACAAAACAAUAAAUUAAGCAAUGACUUCGCAUCCGGUGUUUAUAGACCUGUCCUUGGAUGAGCAGGUGCAAGAGUUGCGAAAAUAUUUCAAGAAACUGGGAGCUGAAAUAUCAUCGGAGAAAUCCAACAAGGGCGUUGAGGAUGAUUUGCACAAGAUAAUUGGAGUUUGCGAUGUCUGCUUCAAAGAUGGAGAACCAGCCCAAAUUGAUGGCAUACUGAAUAGCAUUGUGUCCAUAAUGAUUACGAUACCAUUGGAUCGGGGUGAAAAUAUUGUGUUGGCUUACUGUGAGAAGAUGACAAAGGCACCUAAUCAACCACUGGCCAAGGUAUGCUUGCAGUCGCUGUGGCGUCUGUUUAACAACCUAGACACGGCCUCACCCUUGCGGUACCAUGUCUAUUACCAUCUGGUGCAAGUGGCCAAGCAGUGCGAUCAAGUUCUUGAGGUCUUCACCGGCGUCGAUCAACUGAAAUCCCAAUUUGCCAACUGCCCGCCAUCUAGCGAACAAAUGCAGAAACUGUACCGAUUACUCCACGAUGUCACCAAGGAUACGAAUCUGGAGCGUUCCUCAAAGGUGAUGAUCGAGCUGUUGGGCACGUACACAGCCGAUAAUGCUUGUGUUGCUCGUGAGGAUGCCAUGAAGUGCAUUGUCACUGCUUUGGCCGAUCCCAAUACAUUCCUGCUUGACCCACUGUUGUCGCUGAAGCCGGUGCGUUUCCUGGAAGGCGAUCUGAUCCAUGAUUUACUUUCCAUUUUCGUCUCGGAGAAAUUGCCCGCCUAUGUCGAGUUCUAUGAGGAGCACAAAGAGUUUGUAAACUCACAGGGACUGAAUCACGAGCAGAAUAUGAAGAAGAUGCGUCUGCUUACUUUCAUGCAACUGGCAGAAAGCAAUGCCGAGAUGUCCUUUGAGGCUCUGACCAAGGAAUUGCAAAUCACCGAGAACGAAGUGGAGCCAUUUGUUAUCGAGGUAUUGAAAACCAAGUUGGUCCGGGCUCGUCUCGAUCAGGCCAAUCGUAAGGUGCAUAUUUCAUCAACCAUGCAUCGUACAUUUGGUGCUCCUCAAUGGGAGCAACUUAGGGAUUUGCUUCAGGCCUGGAAAGAGAACCUCAGCUCAGUGCGUGAAGGUCUGACAAAUGUCGCGUCUGCACAAUUGGAUUUGGCCCGCUCCCAGAAACUGAUACACUAGACACGAAACAGUCUUCGAUAUAAAUUAUUAAAUAUAUUGCUUGGAAUGAAUGAUUUGAUUCUUGAAUAAAUUUCUAUAAGUAAAAGUAUGCCAAUGGAAACAUUUGGCUUAAAAACUA